AAGAGAGAGAGAGAGAGAGAGAGAGAGAGAGAAAGAGAGAGGAAGCAAGAGAACGAAAACAGAGGAAAAGAGAGAGUGCACCGCGUGCAUCCCUACGCGCUCACUGUUCGCGAAUGUACCGCAACCCCCGCCGUUGCCGCGCGCAUCAUCAGCCCGCUCUCAUCGUCGCACGCCAGUGAUCGUCCCCGUCCGCGAUAUCGUGAACGACGACGAGAGAGCCCGUGACCUGUCGCGACUGCUCUUAAUCGAGUGUGGGGCUCGUAGUAACGCGAGGAAGAAUAACGGAAGGCAGAAGAGGAAGAAGAGGAAGAAGAACAGGAAGUGGUAGUGGUGCCGCUGUGCAGUGACGAGGUGCAUCCGCCGGCAACGCAUCCUGAAGGCAACGCGUUCCUCUGGAGGCGCUCAGGAGGCAGUCAAGAUCCAUCGCCGCCCGGAGAUGUCGGAAAGUCAAGGUGAGGCGAGGACGUGAGGGUUGAUCCGAUGAAUGGGGCCGAGCUCCGACAAAGUUUUCAGCCGAGGGCGAUCAUGACAGGAACAUACCGGAGAUCGGUGAGUACAGAAAGCGCGUACGAAGAUGAGGAGCAAUUCGCCAGGGGCGGUACAACCCCUGGUGAAGGCGUUGUCGGUGAAGAGGACGACGGUCCAGGCGGAGGUGGCACGGACUUCCCUCUGAGAAUGGCGGCCCUCGACACAGCGAGGGGUCGAAUCACCACCGUCGGUGGCUUCCUCAGAGGCGCCGGGCAGCACGUGAAUUUCGACCCCGAGGCGCCUCCACCGCCUCUCCAUGUCGCUCAACAGCAGACAACCUGUCUGCUCGAGCGGCCGGAAGUGGACAAAAAAGUCAAGAGACACAGCAUACACGGCAUGAUGGAGGAAGAGAACGUGGUGAGGCCCCACCAGGAAAUGGCCAGCCUCUCGCUGCAGGAGAAGAAAUAUCUUCUCGCUGUCGAGCGUGGAGACGUGGCUUCCGUCAGAAGAAUGCUCCAAAAAGCCCAGGAGGCCGAUAUUAACAUCAACUGCGUGGAUCCCCUCGGACGAUCGGCGCUCCUCAUGGCGAUCGAUAAUGAAAAUCUGGAGAUGGUGGAGCUCUUAAUAGAGCACAAGGUCGAUACCAAGGAUGCGCUCCUCCACGCCAUCUCCGAGGAAUUCGUCGAGGCGGUGGAGGUCCUUUUGGAGCACGAGGAGACCCUUCACAGGAAUGGCGAGCCCCAUAGCUGGGAGGCUCUGCCCGCUGAAACAGCCACGUUCACGCCCGACAUCACGCCGUUGAUCCUUUCGGCUCACAGGGACAACUACGAAAUCAUAAAGAUCCUGCUGGAUCGCGGAUCCACCCUGCCGAUGCCGCACGACGUACGCUGUGGAUGCGACGAGUGCGUGACAUCGAGGAUGGAGGAUUCCCUCAGGCAUUCAAGGAGCCGAAUAAACGCCUAUCGGGCGUUGGCGUCGCCGUCUUUGAUAGCACUGUCGUCUAAGGAUCCCAUCCUGACUGCCUUCGAGCUCUCCUGGGAACUUCGACGACUCUCGUUCUUGGAGCACGAAUUCAAGUGCGAGUACCAGGAGCUCCGAAGACAGUGCCAAGAUUUCGCCACCGCUUUGCUGGACCACACUAGAAGUUCCUACGAGCUCGAAGUCCUGCUGAAUCACGACCCAACGGGACCAGCCUUUGAGCACGGGGAGAGGAUGCAUCUGAAUCGCUUGAAAUUAGCCAUUAAGCUCAGACAGAAAAAGUUCGUGGCGCAUCCCAACGUGCAGCAGCUACUCGCAUCGAUCUGGUACGAGGGUCUGCCGGGGUUCCGGAGGAAGAAUAUGUUCCUCCAGGCGCUGGAGAUCGUCAGGAUCGGCAUCCUCUUCCCGUUUUUCAGCGUGGCGUACAUCAUCGCACCUCACAGCGUGGUUGGCCAGACCAUGAGGAAGCCGUUCAUCAAAUUCAUCUGUCAUUCCGCGUCGUAUUUCACUUUUCUAUUCAUGUUAAUUCUGGCUAGUCAGCGGAUAGAGAGCGUGAUCGGUAAUUGGAUGGGACACGACGUCGUGGAGCGCGAGCCAGCGCCGACGAAGAGAGGUGCCGCCCCGACGAUCGUGGAAUGGUUUAUACUGGCCUGGGUGUCGGGAUUGAUCUGGUCGGAGGUCAAACAAUUGUGGGACGUGGGCUUGGAGGAGUACGUGAACGACAUGUGGAACGUGAUCGACUUCGUGACGAACUCGCUCUACGUAGCCACGGUGGCGCUCAGGGUCGUAGCUUACUACAGGGUGCAAAAGGAGAACGAGGGUCAGCUGCCGGGUUCGGUGAUCGAGCUCCAGCGUGAGCAGUGGGACACGUGGGACCCGAUGCUCAUCUCCGAGGGCCUCUUCUCCGCCGCGAACAUCUUCAGCUCGCUGAAGCUCGUCUACAUAUUCUCCGUGAAUCCUCACCUCGGCCCGCUGCAAGUUUCCCUGUCGAGGAUGGUCAUGGACAUCAUGAAGUUCUUCUUUCUCUACGUGCUGGUGCUGUUCGCCUUUUCUUGCGGUCUCAAUCAACUGCUGUGGUAUUACGCGGACAUGGAGAAGAAGCGAUGCCCGACGGCGAUGGCGUAUUCAUCCAACGCCAACGUCACCACCGACACAAACGCGUGCAUCGUUUGGCGCCGUUUCGCCAAUCUGUUUGAGACCACGCAAACGCUCUUCUGGGCGGUGUUCGGCCUGGUGGACCUCGAGAGCUUCGAGCUGGACGGCAUCAAAGUGUUCACCAGGUUCUGGGGUAUGCUGAUGUUCGGCACUUACUCGGUCAUCAACAUCGUCGUCCUCCUGAAUCUUUUGAUCGCCAUGAUGAAUCAUUCCUAUCAGCUAAUCUCCGAACGUGCCGAUGUCGAGUGGAAGUUCGCCAGGAGCAAACUUUGGAUCAGCUAUUUCGAGGAGGGUGGGACUGUGCCGCCGCCGUUUAACAUUAUACCGACCCCGAAGAGCGCCUGGUACGUUGGCCAGUGGUUGUACCGGAAGCUCUGUGGACAUAGCAGGGCCGCCAAGAAGGAGCACAUGCGGACCAUCCGGCGGAAGGUGAAACAAGCAUCCGAGCGAGACUUCAGGUACCAGAGCAUCAUGAGAAAUUUGGUAAGACGAUACGUCACCGUGGAGCAGCGGAAAGCCGAAGGCGAGGGCGUCACAGAGGACGACGUGAAUGAGAUCAAGCAAGACAUCAGCGCGUUUCGCUGCGAGCUCAUCGAGAUACUGAAGAACUCCGGCAUGAAUACCUCCACCGCGGCGAGCAGCGGUACCGGUGCGGGUGGCAAGAAGAACCGUCAGAAAGAGCGGCGUUUGAUGAAGGGUUUCAACAUCGGGCCGCAGCCCGGCGGAAGCGGCACCCUGCCGCCCGUGGCCGAGUUCAUAGCGUCUCUGCAGCAAGUGCAGCAGGAGAACUCCCAUCACGAGCUAUUUGGCUCCACUCUAAGCGGUAUAUUCGGUCCGGGCGCGACCCCGAAGAAAAGCCCACAUCACACCAGCACUAAUAGCGUGCCGGGUCUCGCCACCGGGCCGCGACAAAGCCGCGGCACCCGAGGCAGCUCCAGGAAGAAGCGCUGGGGCACUCUGAUCGAAGCGGCGAAAGCUGGCAGAGUCUCGAGACUGAUCGGUAGAUCUCGUUCGGAGGACUCGGUGUACUCGCCGGCGUCCGAGGACGGCGGCUCGCGCUCCGAGGGCUCCUCGGACUCCAAGUCCUCCCUGGAGACGCCCACGACGAGCCACGAUGUACAAACGCAGCAUCCCCAUCACGCGCAUCAUCACGAGGCGCAUCACAUGUUCGCCCACGGCCUGGGCCCGGCUCUGGCCGCCCUGAGGAAAAAGCGCAAGAAGUUCUCCGUCUCGAGGUCCUCGACGCCCGCGAUGACCAGCAGCACCAACACGAACCCCGCGGAAGCAUCGAGCGGCGCGAUACUUCCCAUCGCCGGCGCCUUGGUGUCGAGGGUGUCGAAGAAGCAGCUGCAGCGCGCCAGCAGCGUGCCCACCAGGGCUGCCGACUUGGCGCUGCAGUCGAUAACGCCGCGGCGGCACGAGGUCACGCAGAGCCAGCAGCCCAGCCUCGACGUCGUCGAGAUCGCCAGUAUCAGCGAACAACAAGGUGUUGUCAGCAUGGCACCGCUGACACCAUCGACCACCGAGGAGAGCGUGGUGGCGAGCGGCUUGACGUCGAUCACCGUGAAGCGAAACGGAUCGGCGACGCAGCUGCAACGUCUUCCUGGCAUCGAGCCGAUUUCCGGCCACGACGUGUCGGCCGGGUGGCUCUGAGGAAACCGACGUGUCGCCGGCGGGCGACAACAGACCAGUUGACACAGGAAGAACCAGUCGGAACUCACCGAGCUUCGUUUUCAACGGCCGUGAGGCUAGGACGACGCCGACGUGACGAUCGUAGCAACACGGCACGACCGUCCCGGCGUCGGCAGACGCACAAUGAUGCCUUUCUCGCGACGACGCGCGCCAUGCCGAUUAAACGUAAGAGUGACGUCGAUCGGGAAUCUCGAAGAACCUCCCUGAGCCCUCUCUCCUCUUUCCCGCGUCGAGAGAGAGAG